AUGUCCGAACAAGAUGAGAAUCCUGAUCAAUAUAUUGAAUUGCGAAGUAUCUACAAAUACUACAUCGAUUCAUAUAAUGCUUUGUAUCAGCUAAAAACCGAAAAAGAUGAAGAUUUAAGUUCUAUUUACAAUCAACUCAAAACAGAACUUAUUGAAACAAGGAAAUAUUCUCCUGUUAAGAUUGUAAGAGAUGUUUUAAGUAUCAUUCCGUAUAAUAAUCGCUAUGCAAAGUCAUAUUUAUCUCUUGCCAAACUCAUUUCUGAUGAUUACCAUGUCAAAGAGGUCAACAAUGUAGAGCCAAUUUCAAACUUCCUGUUCUAUAAGGAAUAUGGAAUUAAAAUAGACAAAGCCUAUGAUUUCAAAGAAUUUAAAUCAGAAAACCUCGAAAUUCAUAAAGAAGACACAAUUUACAAAGUAAUUAUGAACAACGACAUAAAAAGAUUCAUUCUAUUCACUGAAAGUGACGAAUUUGAUAGAUUUCAAGUACUCAAAAGCAAAUUAUAUCCUGAUUCUAAGAAAGGAUAUUCAUUACUUGAAUUAUGUUGUUACCACGGAGCAGUUGAUUGUUUUAAGUUAUUAAGAACGGAAUUUAACUCAGAAAUAACUCAAAAAUGUCUCCGUUUAUCAUUUUUAGGCGGAAAUCCAGAGAUCAUGAGUGAAUGUUUGAAACAUCACAAACCAAAAGAAAAAUGCAUGAAAUAUGCAAUUAUUUCACAUAAUAUUGAUUUUGUUACAUUCUUGAUGAAUGAAUACAAAAUGAGGAUCGAUUCAUACUAUUGUGGAAUGUAUAAUAAUCUUGAAUCAUUUUUUGUUGAUUUCGAUCAAAAAAAUAAUUUUCGCAAGUGCUUUGUUUAUUCUACUAUGUUUGAUCUUCCAUAUCUUUGUGAAUAUUUCCUUUCACUUGGUGCCGAUAUCAAUGACAAAGAUGAAGAUGGAAGGACCUCUCUUCAUAUUGCUGCUUAUUAUGAUUUUAAAGAAAUAGCCGAACUUCUUAUUUCACAUGGAGCAAAUAUCGAUGAAAAAGAUAAUGAUGAAAAACUCCCAAUUCAUUAUGCAGCAUAUUUUAAUAGUAAAGAAACAGCUGAACUCCUUAUUUCGCAUUCAGCAAUUAUCAAUGGAAAAGAUAAAUAUGGAGAAACCACUAUUCAUAAAGUAGCAUAUUUUAAUAGCAAAGAAACUGCCGAAUUUCUUAUUUUACAUGGUGCAAAUAUUGAUGAAAAAAAUGAAGAAGGAAAUACCGUUCUUCAUAUUGCAGCAUUUCAUAAUAAUAAAGAAACAGCCGAAGUUCUCAUUUUACAUGGUGCUGAUAUCGAUGCAAUAGAUGAAGAUGGAAGAACCGCUCUUCAUAUUGCAGCAUUUCAUAAUUGCAAAGAAACAGCCGAAUUUCUAAUUUCACAUGGUGCUGAUAUCUAUGCAAUAGAUGAUAAAUUUGGAGAUGCCCCUCUUCAUCUGGCAGCACAUAAAAAUAGUAAAGAAAUAGUUGAGAAUCUUAUUUUACACGGUGCAAAUAUCAAUGAAAAAAAUAAAUUGGGAAAUACCGCUCUUCAGAAGGCAGCAAUGUAUAAUAGUUUAGAAGCAGAUGAAAUUCUUAUUUUACGCGGAGCAAAUAUCAAUGGAAAAAAUAAAAAUGGAAGAACUGCUCUUCAUUAUGCAGCAAUUCAUAAUUGCAAAGAAACAGCCGAAUUUCUAAUUUCACAUGGUGCGGCUAUCAAUGUCAAAGAUAAAUCUGGAAAAACCCUUCUCCAAGCUGCAAGAUGUGAACAUAGUAAUGAAACAGCCGAACUACUUAUUGCUAAUGGUGAAAAAUAA